AUGUGUCAAUCUGAAUGUGACCACCUGGAGCUGACGGUCGUUGAGAGGCAGCGGAUAAGAGAGAUGCUUCAUCGUCCCCCCGUUUUACUCGUGAUAGGAAUGGCUGGAGCAGGUAAGACGACCUUUAUCCAGCGCUUGGCUGCUGAGCUCAACCAGCAUCAGGCCGCGUAUGCGUUAAAGCCACGAAUACGGCAAGAUAUUGUUAGUAAGGUGCCUUAUAUCGUUAACCUGGAUCCUGCUGUCUUGGACACUCCGUACAUCCCCUCGGUCGACAUCCGAGACACGUUUAACAUCGGAGACCUCAUGAAGAAGCAUCACUGGGGUCCCAACGGAGCCAUCAUGGCCACCCUUAACCUUUUCGCAACCAAGAUCGAUGAGCUGGACAACUUGAUGCGUAAGAAGGCAGAGCGGACCUCUUGCUACGUCGUCGACACGCCUGGGCAGAUAGAGGUAUUUACUUGGAGCUCGUCAGGGGAGAUAGUCUCUAAGUUCUUCGGCUCUGCAUACCCCACCAUUCUGCUCUAUAUCGUGGAUAGCGAGCGUUGCCUUAAUCCCAUAACAUUUGUAGCCUCUAUGCUGUACUGCUGCAGCAUUAUGGAGCGCCUUGAGCUCCCUGUAAUCAUAGUCUUUAACAAGAGCGAUCUUAUCGCUCCGUCUUUGAGUGUAGAGCCAGAUACAUUCAAUAGGUGGGCACCAUGGGUCUAUAUGCGGAAUAACGUUGCUCUCUCUGAGGCGUUUAGUGACUUCCAAGAGCGGAACGUUAAUAGUAUUGCUUAUUCAGAUAUCUUCUACGAAUCUCUGAGCACCAUUCUGGAAGAGUUUUAUAAUGUAAUAGAUUACGUUAAUGUAAGUAGCUACACAGGAUUGGGAUUUGAGGGGUUGCUGGACAAGAUUCGGAGAGUCAGUGCACAGUACAUUGAGGAGUACCCGACCCGGUUGGAUGAACAUCGACGAGCUGUAGAACAAGAGAAGCAGCAAAAGGAACGCGAGAAAGAAGAUCCCUACCAGAGUCUAUUUGCAGAUAUGUCAUUGCUGCCAACUCGCUAUGUCUGUGGAGAUGACGGGGUGGAGGUUCUAGAGGACUCGGCAAACCUGGAUGGCGUUGACUAA